AUGGAUUCACAUCCCGUUUCCAGCCUACCAGACUCCAACUCACCCACCCUCCACCUCACCCACCCGACAGCAGCAGAGCGACGCAAAAUCUGGAUAACGACCGCCUCAACCUGGGAUAACACCCCGGACGAGCUCCUCCCGCUCUGCCUGCAGCGAUUCGAAUACCUAACCACCAUCCCCCUCGCCAAGAACGGCGGGAUGACCAUGUGGAUUCUCACGGAUUCUCAAUACCCGCCGGAGCACAGACCGCUGCUGGCCUCUUGCGAUACAUUUCGGAAGCGCGCACUGUUUACUCGUAGCGGCGACGGUCAGCUGGGGGGGCAGGGGGAGGCGGAGGGGGAGGGGGAUGCGGUGGCGAAUGGGAUCGUCCAUGGGAUCGCGAGCGUGUUUACCCCUUUUCUUUAUCGGCGGCAUGGGUUUGCUGCGAGGUUGGUGAGGGAGCUUGCGGGGUUACUGCCGAGCUGGCAAACAACAACAACAUUGUCUUCAUCGUCAUCGUCAGCAUCCUUUGUUCCAUGCAUCGGGAGUAUUCUCUACUCCGAUAUCGGGCGGACGUACUACGCAAGGCUUGGAUGGGAGGUUAGUGGCACAAACACAGAAUACAUAUUCAAGACUGCACUUGCACCUGCACAGCCGCACAACGUGAAGCCGAUCGCGAAAUCCCAGCUCGCCGAACUAUGUUCCACCGACGAGAGCAUGAUCCGGAAGGCCAUGAGCGCUUUCGCUCAUGCUAGUGCUAGUACCGCUGCUCCUGGUGUUGCCGCCGCGAGCGAGGCAGACCGAAACCGAAACCGACACCGACAACGACAGGUGGUAGCGAUCAUCCCAGACCUCGACCACAUGCUCUGGCACAUGGCCAAAGACGAAUUCACGGCCGAGCUGUACCUGGGCGGGAUCCCGCUUGUCAAGGGCGCUGUUGUCGGAUGUCCGGGGGAGAGAGUGUGGGUUGUUUGGACGCAUACCUAUUACAGUCACCCGUUGGCAGAGGGGUUGGUGGGGGGUGAGAACGGGCUUUAUAUACUGAGACUUGUAGUGGAGGAGGAGGAGUACACAGCUACAGCUACAACUACAACUACAACUACACCUACAGGUGCAGCUGCAGCGGAGAGAUCGGAUCGGCUUGUGCAGUCCGUCAGGGCGGUGCUGCAGGCUGCGCAGUGCGAGGCUCGGGAGUGGAGGCUGGAUUAUGUGAACUUGUGGGAGCCUUCGGAGUUUGUUCGGGGGUUGGUUGAACGGUGUGGGAUCGAGUAUGAGGUGUCUCAGAGGGCCGAGGCGAGGAUUGCUUGUGGGAUGUGGUAUGGGGAGGAUGGGGGGGUACUAUCUGAAACGCCGAUUUGGAUUUAUAACGAGCGGUAUGCGUAUUGUUGA